AUGUUGAAAAGUGAUUCUGAAGAACUUGUGAGGAGUAACUGUUAUCUGUCACCAAAUGGAACAAAAUAUUGGGUUCCAAAUGUAGUCCCCGGCUGUAAACCUGCUUUGUUAGCGGAAUUUGACACAUGGGAAGAUGUUGUUAGGAUGUAUCAAGAAUAUGCCGAAAAUGCCGGUUUUGAUACCAGGUUAUCAACCAUCAGACGGUAUAAUGGUCAAAUAACUCAUAGGUACAUUGUAUGCAACAAAGAAGGUAAGUCGCGUGGUAAAUCAGUUGACUCCAUUGUUAUUGAAUCAACUCCAGUUAAACAACGCGGUAGCAGUGUUAAGGUCACCUAUUGCAAGGCCUGUAUUAGGCUGAAAACAAAAGUAGAUGGGAAAGAACGUUAUGUGCUAUAUAAAUUUGUUGAGGCGCACAAUCACAAACUAGUUUCGUUUGAAAAUAUGGACCUGAUGAGAAGUAGGAGACAAUUAGGCUUUGUAGAUCAAGAAUUUAUCCACAAUAUGCAGGCGAACGGCUUUGGUGCAACUGUUUCGCACCGUAUGCAAGCUACUUUGAAGGGGGGUCACCAUCUUGUAGCAGGUCCAAGGACUGAUUACAAGAACUGUAGUAGGGAUUUUAGGUGUUUUAUUGGUGAGAAAGAUGCUCAACUAUUGGUAGAUAAGUUGGAUAAUCAUGUGAAACAUUUAAACAACUUUUCGUACGACAAGAUAGUAGUAAAUGGUGAGUUGAGGUCAAUAUUUUGGGUUGAUCAUGUUUCGAAAUGCAAUUACAAGGUCUUUGGUGAUGUUCUAGCCUUUGAUGCCACGUAUAGCACAAACAUGUAUAACAUGAUAUUUGUUCCGUUUACCGGUGUUGAUCACCAUAAAAAAUGUGUCAUUUUUGGUGCUGGGUUGUUAUAUGAUGAAACAAUUGACUCCUACAAGUGGUUACUUGAGUGCUUUCUUAAGGCACAUGAUAAGCAACCAAGGUUAGUAUUAACCGAUCAAGAUCCGGCUAUGAAGCAAGCCGUUUCAUUAGUUUUAACUGAAGCAACACAUAGACUUUGCAUGUGGCAUGUGACAAAGAAGGUUCCUGCUAAGAUAUCUGGAUCUUUGCUGAAAAACACCAAUAUCAGGGCUCGUAUACAUAAACUUGUUUGGAGCGUGUUUAUCAAACCUUCGACAUUUGAGAAAAGAUGGCAUGAUAUGUUGGAUGAAUUCGACUUACAUGACAACACAUGGUUAACCGACAUGUAUGAGAUUAGAGAGCAAUGGUUUAUGUUGUGCUAUGAAACUGCAUUGGAUGCUCAGCGAUACAAUCAACGAGUUCUUGAACACGCUUCAUCAAAUACAACACCUACAUUUCGAACCCAUUUAGCAAUUGAACGUCACACAACACAAAUAUACACACGUACUAUCUUUGACGAAGUUCAAAAUGAGAUUUUUAAGGGACUUUACUUCUGUUCCCAAGAAAGUGUGGAAUAUAAAGAUAGUCAGAAGGUUACCAUUAAUUUGGUUGACAACACCAUGACUUGUUCUUGCAUGGGCUUUAUUCGUCUCGGAUAUCUUUGUCGACACGUUUUCUGUGUCUUCAAAAAUAUGAAUAUAGAACAAAUACCAGAACUUUACCAAGUUACACGCUGGAUGAUAGAUGCAUUGCCAUCAAAUGUUUUUAGCAUUGAAAACAGGUAUGGAGUUGCGGUUGACGAAGUAACGAAACUCAGGCAGGAUGCAACGGCUUCAUUCGGGGCAUGCGUUAACCGUUUAUGGCGUGACACAGAAAGACUUUCAGAUUUUGCGGAUGAGAUGAAAAAUUUGAAGAACAAAAUAUAUGAAGAAGUUCCUAUCCAGCCUGCUUAUAAUAGUAAGGAAGUUGUCAUGGCAAAUUUGGCAGGUGUUGCUUCUUCGUCAAAAGAGGUUACACUAACCGCACCACAAGGAAUACGGAAUAAAGGUAGCGGUUCCAAGCGUCGGUUAAUUGGCCCAGGUGAAAAAGCUGUGGAGAAGAGCAAGAAAAAGAAAACCACCAGAUUCUGUAACACAUGUCUUGAGUAUGUUGAUGAUCAUGAUUCUCGUAACUGUCCCGACAAGAUAAAUCCUACGACUGAUCAAGAUUCUGGGAAUUGUAGCACCAAGAAUCCCCCUACCAACCAGCGUCAAACUCGCAGGCGUAGCACCAGGAAAAAAUCUACCAUUUAA